AGCGUGGAAAAUACGUGCCCGUCCCGUGACAUAUUUUUCCAUUGGAGAAGACUCAACAAACAAUAAAAAGUAAUCCGUCAUCGCAUGCCAAAAUUCACCCCUUACAUUAAAGUAAAAGCGAGGAAACUAAUCCCCGAGACAAAGAUGAAGAAAGCAUCGAUUGUUCUAUUAAUCAUCUUAUGCAACCAAAUCGAAAGCUCCUUCUUGGACAAUCAAGAUUUAACGAACAACCCUGGAAUGUUUGCGAUUCAAAUAGGAACAGCCCGAAUUAUUGAAGACUAUCAUCUUGUUAUACACAGAUUUGAUAUUGGCAAGUACGAAUCAAUAGUACAGCAAUAUAAAAAUAUCAUAUAUGAGUUAGAUGAAAAAUUUAAAACUAUCAAAGCCAAUUCAAACAAACAACAAACAUUAGCAGAUUCCAAGCAAAUAUCAGGCAUCACAAAUAUUCUGAAACAAAAAUAUGAGCAAACCUAUUCCAUGGUCAGAAAUUUCAAACCAAUAGCUUCAAAACCUAAAAGAGCUAUUGACAUCUUAGGAACUGUUAUUAAAACAAUAACAGGAAACUUAGAUCAUAACGAUUAUGUAGACCUAUCGAACAAAAUUGAUGUAUUGCGUCUAUCCACUAAUAAACUAAUAACGGAGAAUAAUGCGCAAAUCACAAUCAACAGCGAAUUCGAGCAACGUCUGAACAACAUAACGGAUGCAGCAAGAACACAAGCACAGGAAAUCCAUGAUUUCAUCCGUUUAUCCAACUUCAAAUCUAAUGAUCUAGGUGAAAUUCAACAGAAAAUUCAUUUGCACAAUGUCAUUUUCAGCCUUGAUAACAUUAGAGAACAACUUAACGUUAUCUUCGAGUCUGUGCAACUAGCAAAACUUGGGAUACUAUCAAAGGCAUUGCUUUUUCCAACAGAAAUGAACUUUAUAAUGAACAUACUUUUGGAAGAAGGACUUAAGAUAAAAAGUUACGAUCAAGCUUACGAGUAUUUGGAACCAAUAGCAAUCCACCACAAUCAUCAGAUACACUUGCUGAUAAAAAUUCCAAAACUUCGAUCCGGCAGUUACUCUAUGUUGAGAAUUGAACCGAUUCCGAUCAAUCAAUCAGUGAUACAUGUACAAUCUAAAUACGCUGUUAUAAACAAACACGAAUCUUAUUUAAUAGACAAGUUCAACCUUAUUGAAGGCGAAUACAUUCUAAAACAGAUCAACCUACAAAAUGUUACCAACAACCAAUGCGAGCAUCAACUGUUCCGUGCCAACCAUAGUAAAUGUGUAUUCACACAACACGAUAACUAUAUGGAAGUUACAAUUAUCGAAAACUAUGGAGUACUUAUUAAAAAUGCUCAAUUAACAACUUUCGAAAACACCUGUGGAUACGGCAAAAGAAAUCUCACCGGUACAUUCUUCGUAUAUUUCAAAAACUGCACAAUUUCCGUUGAUAAAACCCAGUAUGGAAACAAACAAAUGGAAUUCGAAGAGCAACCGAAAGUCAUACCACUUAAUUCCAUUGUCAUAGAAACAAACGGAAUGCACUUCGACGCCUUUCAAAAUAUGACAAAACUUCAUAUUGACAACAGAGAAAAAAUCACCAAAUUAGAAUAAACCAAUACUACCUUGAUCGUACAACACGCAACAAGUCUGUUCAUAAUAAUCAUUCUAAUUUUACUCACCGCAUGGUGCUCUUUAUUAAAAAUCCACAAUCUAAGAAAAAGAGUUACCAUCACAGUAAAACCUCAGUUGACCCGAGACGGCUCAAUCUAAGGGGGGGGAAGUUAUGUGACGAAUAUUCUUCAUCACACCUGUGACAAACAUUCACAUAACACUACCACCCAUUUCACUCAAGUUAACCAUUAGCGCGACCACCAAGAUCGUCGUAACAAUCAGAACGAUCUUGCAACAACUGCCGCUUAAUGUAAACAACGAGAGAAGCCACGAGCGACGAUAACAUAAACAUCCGCAACGAUCGUCGCCCGGGAUUAUGAUCCAGCCAAGGAUGACUCACGGGAAAGUACAUGAACGAUGAUGACUCAUAGGAAAGUAUAUGUACCCCAGCACCAACGCCCAGAACGUCAUCACCUAUCCGGAUCAACCAGAUCAGUCUUCAUCCGACUUUCAUCGCAUCCAGUUCAGCUUCAGCUCGUGCUCUCCGUUCCGUUCAAAUUUACUAACUACUAACUAAGUGUUUGAAUAAAAUUGUUUUUUUAAAAACUA